AGACAUGUUUUCCAUGGGUGACAUUUAACGGCACACGUUGACCAAAGAGGCUGUGUGCGUAACGCAGGGACAGCGCUGGAUCUACACUGGGCACUGCUGCGCAAAUAAUAAGUAUUUGGUUGUGUGUGUGUGUGUUUUUUUUUUUUUUGUGGAGACGCCAUAUGCACUCUUCUCAGCGCACAGCUUCCAUGAGUGUACACUUCUGCAGAAAUGUCUUUUUUAUCCAUACCAAGUCAAGAGGGCCUUUUUACCACGAUUAAAACAGGCAAAUCAAGCGCGGCGGCAGAGAGUAGGUGCCCCAUGGACGACGAGGAGAAUAAUGAUGAAGAUGAUGAAGACGAUGACACCGACGUCCGUCUCAUCCCAAGAUGCUCCCCGGUGCCCAGAAAGCGGGGUCACUCCAUCUACGAUGAGACUGCUGAGUAUUUGCGGAUCCAUGCGGCGCUGUCUGCCGGAAAGAGAGUGUCAUUCGCCGAUACAACAGGUGGAGAUCUGGUGGAUGUGAAGGAAUUUGUUGCCUUUGAUUCGGACGAUGAAGAGGACAGUGCGAGGUGGGAGGAAGAGGAGGCAAAGUAUCGCAAACCGGAGCGGGAGCCGACCUAUCGUGUGUACCCAGAGUUUAACGCGCCCACUGGCAGUGCCCUGCUGCAGGCUGUGCACUCUAAUAAAGUGGAGGUUGAGCAGAUAUCUCCAGCAGAGAAUGAGCCACUUGCAUUCACUGGGGUAAUACGCGUCCUGAAUAUCUCCUUCCACAAAGCAGUUUACAUCAGAUCCACCAUGGACAGCUGGGUGACUUACUUUGACCACCCAGCAGAAUAUGUCCAGGGAUCUCAUGAUGGUGCCACUGAUCAGUUCUCCUUCAAGCUGUCUUUUGCACCACCUUACAUUACACACGGCUCUCGCAUUGAGUUUGUUGUCCGCUAUGAAACCUCUGAUGGUGAUUACUGGGCGAAUAACUCCUCUAUGAAUUAUGUUAUAACGCUGCUCCUGUCCUACGAAGACGACCUGGUUCAGACAAACAACGACACACAGCAAGUGAGAGGUAUCCUGAAACCUCCAAAAGCUUACAGUACGCAUGAUGAUUUCGACUCAGAGGAUGAGCAGGAUGAAGACGAAGCAGGGACCUCCAGGUCAGGACUUGUGAGACCUACAGCUGUCUGCCCGCUCCUCCCACAACCCAAGAUUGACAUAGAGCUCAUUGAAGCUUCAGCAGCAACUUAGAUUGCUGUUCACCCAUCUGGUCCCCGUGUCCCACCCAACCAAGAGCUUCCAUCUGUUGAUGGCACACUGUCCGCUCACACUGUAUCCCCAGGUGAACAGUUCCCUUGUACGUCUUCCGAAACCACGCUUCAAACUAAUUCAUCCUUUGUACUCUGUGCCAGUGAAUCGGUCCAGCCAAAUAAGUCACAGCCUUUACCCAGACUCCACUGUGAAUUAGGCAACCAAACGUCAGAGCAGCCCAUAGACAGUAGUCCCUGUGCAGUGCUGCCUGCUCCUUCUCCCUCUCUACAACACGAGUCAAGAUCAGACAGCUCCCAGGCUGGCAGAGAGGAAAUCCCUCCCUCUGAGGCCUCUUGCAUGCAUCUUCCUACCACAGAGACGAAUCUGUGGCCAACAACAGGCGAGGACGGAUCCGCCGUCAGCCCAGCCAGCCGUCCUUGUCUUGAACUGCCUGCUGAGUGCAUCUCUGCUCCCAGUGUGACUCAGGGCUUUGAGCAAGAGGUUGCGGUGGGAUUGAGUGAACUUGUUGCAGGAUUAUCAGGAGGUUCCACCAGGUCUGCAGCAAAUCACGAAGGCAGUACGCCUGCACUCUUUUCUCCUGUGGCAGAGAGUGAGACAUCUCUGGGAGCAGAAGGUGAAGCUACACCAUCACCUGAACUCACAGAGAACACGAGCCAAAACCGAGCCCUUCAGCCAGCCUCAGUCAGGGAAGAGAAGGAAGAUGCUCCCCAGAUUUCCCCUGACACAUUAUUAGAGAAUCUACCAAACACGAUGUCAGAGGUUUCCGAGCUCCAGUCUGAGCAUAACGCAAACAGGAAUCUGAUGCCAUCCAUCAUCUUCCUGAGCGGAGUUGUCUCCCUCUCGAUAGUGAUGCAGGAACCCAGUGCCCUCUUCUUCAUCGGACUACUUUUGGUCCUGCACCGUUUGUGAUUAUGCCAUAAAGUUCAUAGUGAUCUGUCCUCAAGUGAAGUGCCUUUUCAUGGUUCCAAAAAAAGCCAACAAGUAAAAAAAACACACAAGUCUCCUGUUAAAGUUGUGUAUCACUGUGUGAGUUUUUAGAUUAGUAUACAUGUUCAUGAAAUGAAAGGGUACAAUUUAUGAGUGUUUCCAUGUAAAUUCCAAUGCAAAGAGAAAGUAAUUACGCAAAUAUAUCUCAUAUUUUCAUGCAUUCUGUGAAACGAGUGUUAGAGUAGUAGUCAACGAUUACCCCAUUUCUACAACAACAUUGUGAUCACACUUACACUAAAGCACAGGUAUUAAUAUAUAUAUUAUUAUCAGAGUUGUUUUGUAGGUGGCCUGUAAUUACUUUCUUCCUUGUCAUGUGGAGAUAGUGUAUAUGGUGUUUAUUGGUGGACUCAUGGCAGUUGGGGUCAUGGGGGGUGCACAACAGUAGUGCCAUCUUGGGUGCAAUUAUGGUAAAUAAAACAUGAUAAAAUGCCCUUUUUUGGGUGCCCUUCCACUAUAGAAAAUGUGAAAAAGUGCCAUCUAGGGUGCCCUUCCAGUAGAGAAAUCGUGAUGCAGUGCUUCCUAGGGUGCCUUUUCAGCUUAAAAAACAUGAUAAAGUACCCUCUAGAGUUCCCUUUCAAUAGACAAAACCUGGAAAAAAGAAAAAAGAAAACUGGAUCCUACAUACUCUAUAUGCUAGAAAGUGUUCUGUGUGCCCCUCAGAGAGCCUAAGUGCACCACUGGUGUUUUUAUAUUCUGAUUUAUUCAAUCAGUCCGAUAAUACACUUUUUUUCAAUAUUGUUGUGAGUGUAGCUAAGGUUCUUGUCUAACCCCAUUGCCAUGAAUUUAACUUUUGUGAAUUCCAUGUGUUGUUAUUUCCUUAAUGAAGGACAAAAACAUUGCCGUACUGGGACACUAAUGAGA